UGUAUUGUGCAAAACGAGAGCGAUCGAAAGUAGCGCCUGCCAUUUGUUUACACCAGAGUCCAUACUCUGCUUUCCUCGACGUGUUAGGCCGUUCUUACUUUACAUCUAUGAUGCUCGCUUUUUGAUGCUUGAGAAUAAUCCAAACCCAGUUUUUCCCUGCUCCGUCCAACCUCAGCUGCCUCUGUUCACUUCACGUUUGGUUCUCUAACAUGUAAUACAGUUUCUUUUGGUGUACUUGUGGAUUCAUCUUUGGAAGCCGCUCACUGGUGGUGGAUGCUUUUCUUGAUUUCUCAGUAGACAGCAAAAGAUUGAGCUUACAAUUAGACACUAGUUGAACCUACAUGUAUGCUAUUUGAAGCCUUGAGUUAAAGUUAUCAGUGGCUGUUGAACUAUCAGGUACUAUCACAGUUUUUCUCCAUUGUCCAAUUUGGUGAACUGGGUAUCAUGAUGAUUGUGGAAAGGUUUGCGCACUUGAACCCAUGAACUAAAAAGGAUUUGGAUGCAGGCUGCAUUUCUGGCUCUCGUCCUAUCCGGAUUAUCAAUGUUAUGGCUUUGGUGUAAUUGAUAUGGACUUCUGGAUGACUCUUUAAGUUCUGGGGGAUAAGGGUUUCUAUUUAUGCAUCUCCCUUUCAGUCUUUGCAUGGUGGUGACUAACAGAAAGCAGAUAUGCUUUGAUUAUUAUUUAGCCCUCAAACUUGGAAAUUGAGUGCAUUGUUCGUUGACAAUGGAUAUGACUGUGUUAAGUCUGUUGUUGUUGAUGCAAUUACCAAGAAUAUAUUCCUCUGAGUUUUUCGAGUCAAAGGUUUGUUGUGGCGCUGAUCACAUAGCCUAUUCAUAUUCGAAUGGUUGUGAACUGUUUUACAUAAAUGGAAAUGCAGUCGACAAAGUUUUGUUCUGUGAUGCCCUCCAAACUUAUCGUGCAAAUGGUUGCAUAUUUGAGGGAUACCUCGGAAGUAAUCAAUGUGGAUUGGAGUUUUCACCAGCUUAUUUGGCCUUUAAGAUAGGAAGGAAACUUUUGCAAAAGGAGCUAAGGGAAAGAUUAGCAAUUGACACUCAGAGAAGUCAUCUCAAUAGUUCCAAAUGGCUGUCAUCCCCAAAAAUAGCUGGCAUGGCAACAACAGGAAUUUUGGUUUUGUGUUGUAUUUUCCUCUGUGCCUUCUUUCAUAAGAAAAAAAAAGCAGCUUCCCACGCUGUUCUUGCUAAGGACCCAUAUUCAAUAGAUUCGGCUUCUUCUUCUGAUGUGAAUUCUGCUUCUGAAAAGAUUCCUACCAUGCCAGUACCACCUAGUCCUUCCAGAUUCUCAUUAUCACCAAAACUCACAAGACUUGGAUCAUUACACCUCAAUUUUAGUCAGGUUGUCAAAGCGACAGGCAAUUUCUCACCAUCAUCACGAAUAGGUGAAGGAUGCUUUGGAACUGUCUACAGAGCCCGACUAGAAGAUGGCCAGGUGGUUGCCAUAAAACGGGCAAAGAAGGAACUCUUUGUCAGUAGUGAAGUUGAACUUCUAGCCAAAAUUGAUCAUCGAAAUCUAGUCAAGUUGCUAGGUUAUAUCGACAGAGGAAAUGAAUGCCUUAUCAUCACAGAACAUGUGCCAAACGGUACUCUAAGAGAACAUUUGGAUGGUCAGCGUGGGAAGAUCCUGGAUUUCAAUCAGCGACUCGAAAUUGCCAUUGAUAUUGCUCAUGGCCUAACUUAUCUCCAUCAAUAUGCAGAGAAGCAAAUUAUCCAUCGGGAUGUGAAAUCGUCCAACAUCCUUCUUACAGAAAGCAUGAGAGCCAAAGUGGCUGAUUUUGGAUUUGCAAGGCUUGGUCCAAUGGAGUCUGAUCAAACACACAUUUCUACCAAAGUGAAAGGGACAGUUGGCUACCUAGAUCCUGAGUACAUGAGGACCUAUCAACUCACCACCAAGAGUGAUGUCUACUCAUUUGGGAUUUUACUCAUGGAGAUUCUGACAGGCCACCGUCCUGUGGAUAUGAAAAGACCUGCUGAAGAGCGGGUGACACUUAGAUGGGCCAUUAAGAAGUAUAAUGACGGAAGCGUAGUAGAAUUGGCGGAUCCUUUGAUGGAGGAAGUCGUUGAUUCUGAGAUACUUACGAAAAUAUUUUCUUUGGCAUUCCACUGUGCAGCACGUAGUCGAGAUGAUCGCCCGGACAUGAAAUCAGUGGGAGAGCAGUUGUGGGCAAUAAGGGCAGAGUACCCUAAGAGUGCAAGGAGAGGGCAUUGACUGAAAUCCGAGAGUUGGCAUUUGUAAAUCAGUUGUGUUGUCUUUAGCUUACACCAUGAAGCAGAUUUUUCCUACGAAAUAAACCUUACUUUGGAGCUUUUCUUAAUUCCUUGCUUUACUCUGCAUUCAUGAACACAUAUGAAGACUUGUAUUGUUUUCCAGCUUAUCAUUGUACUUGUAAAAGCAUAUGUAGUUGAUAAAAAUAAAAUAAAAAUUUACGAUGCUAUUUUUU